AUGCAGAGUUCGAAAUCUUUUUUGAUACGUGAUCUCCUGGGCGAUUUGAUCAAUCGACGACAAACGGAUUCGGAACUCGAGCUCUCCAACGAUGAAUCGGAUAUAGACAUCGAGGACCGAUCCACGCCGGACUCGACGGCACAUGGAUGCCAGCAGGAUCUGCUGCUGUCGCACCACCACCGCAGAUUCACCCACCACGACGACUCUAGUGUGGAGUCCUGCCUAUCGGCCACCCGGGGCCCAGGAUCCGGAUCCGGAUCGGGAGGAGGCGGAGGUGGCGGCGGCGGAGUCCCCAGCGGACUGAGUGCAGCAGCGGCGGCGGCGGGCGUGGCCGCUGGUCUCUUGGCAGCGGCAGCAAGUGGUGGGGAUCCCAAUGGAUCCAGUGGGCCAGGAUCGGGCGGCGGAGCUGGCGGCGGCUAUGCGGAGCACAAGCUGCAGCUGAGCAAGAGCGGCCGGAAGCCGAGACGCCGCCGAACCGCCUUUACCCACGCCCAGCUCGCCUACCUGGAGCGCAAGUUCCGCUGCCAGAAAUACCUGAGCGUGGCCGAUCGCAGCGACGUGGCUGAAACGCUCAAUCUGUCGGAGACGCAGGUUAAGACCUGGUACCAGAACCGAAGGACCAAGUGGAAGCGUCAGAACCAACUGCGCCUGGAACAGCUGCGUCAUCAGGCGACCAUGGAAAAGGAUUUUGUGGUGCAAGACGGGGGCGGAGCGGGCGGAUUGGGCUGCUGUCCCAGCGGAUUGAGCAGUUCGUUUAGCGCCGCUGCUGCCGCUGCAGCGGCUGCCAGCAAUCCGUGCAAUUUUCUCACUUCCGCCGCAGCGGCGGCAAUUUUCCGGAACGUUGGCUAUGUCCACGGAUGCCCCAUGUAG